CGAAACAAAAGUCGAAAGUUCAAUUUAUGCAUAUUAUGCUAGACAUUAUCGGCAUCAGCAAAGUCCGCUCAUACUCCUCGCUGUGCUUGAUUUGACUUUUCUGUAUUUAACCUCCCGUCAUCGCCAUCGCUCUUAAGUCAAAGACAAGAUGCCAACCUUCGUCACUGCGCAUACCAGUGUAUGUUUGCAAUUACUAUAGUAGUUUGUCCAGACAUCAACUUUGCUCGAUAGUCCCGAAAUGGCGCCUCCUAUAGCAAACAGUCACAUAACUGACGUUGCUCUCGUGGCUGCGUUUCUGGCCCUCAUGUAUUGUCUUUACAAGAGCAUCUACAACCUCGUAUUCCAUCCUCUUCGAUCGUUCCCGGGUCCAAUAGCUCACCGUGUCUCUCCUGUCCCGCACGCCCUUAGUCUCAUGAGUGGUCAACAACCCAGGUACAUCGCGGAUCUCCACCGCAAGUAUGGUCCAGUCGUGCGUAUCAGGCCGAACGAGCUCGCCUUUUCCGACCCGCAGGCAUGGAAGGACAUCUAUGGGCAUCGAUCUGCGGGACAGGAAGAAUUCAUCAAAGAUCCAGCAUUCUACCGUAUGCUAGAUGACGUACCGGUAUCCAUCAUCAACACGCCAAGCCGCGCAGCUCACGGUCUUAUCCGGCGGCAACUGGCGCACGGCUUUAGUGACCGCAGCAUGCGUGAACAAGAGCCCAUCAUCGGCUCAUACGUCGAUCUUUUGAUCAAGAGGUUACACGAGAAUUCCGCCGGGGGUAAAAUGCCUGUAAAUCUACGGGAAUGGUAUAACUGGGCGACUUUCGAUAUUAUCGGAGACUUGGGAUUUGGCAGCUCGUUUGGUUGCCUUGCAGAUGCCAAUUAUCACCCUUGGGUCAAGAUGGUUAACACCCAGUUCAAGGUUGGUAGUUUGCUACGGUCGUUUGCAAUAGUCGAUAUGAAAUUUGUGGUGCAAUGGAUCCUGAAGAGUGGGGUCUUCAAGAGCCGUGACAAGCAUCAGGCGUUGACGCUGGCCAAGGUCCAGCAGAGGAUGGAACUUGGUGCUGAACGGCCAGACCUUAUUGAAGGCUUACUUAAAAAGAAGAACGAAUUGGAGUUGACUGUCCCACAGCUCGCGAGUAAUGCUGCUGUCUUAAUUGUAGCUGGAUCCGAGACCACGGCUACACUCCUCAGCGGUGCUACAUUCCUCUUGGCUACGCACCCAGAAGUUCUCAAGAAGCUCGAAAUGGAAGUCAGGUCUGCCUUCAAGGACGAGAGCGAGAUCACCCUAACCUCUGUCAGUAGCCUGCACUACAUGCUUGCGUGCCUGAACGAGUCACUGCGUUGCUACCCCCCAGUGGCAACUGGCAUGCCUCGAUGUGUUCCAAGAGGCGGCGCCAGGGUGGCGGGCCGCUUCAUCCCAGAAGGUGUGACGACUGCAGUGUGGCAGUGGGCUAUCAAUCACGAACCGUCCUGUUGGACAGACCCAUAUGGCUUUCACCCUGAGAGAUUCUUGGGAGAUCCUAAAUUCAGCAAUGAUAAUUUGGAUGCGAUGCAACCAUUUAGUACUGGACCUCGCAAUUGUAUUGGUAAAAACUUAGCAUAUGCGGAGAUGCGACUCAUCUUGGCUAGGAUCAUCUUCAGCUUUGAUAUAAAGCUUGCAGAUGAUAGUCGUGGAUGGCUGGAUAGCCAGAAGGCUUUUACGUUAUGGGACAAACCAAACUUGAAUGUCUAUCUAACACCGGUGACAGGGCAAAUUUGCUUACAAGGCGCCGAAGUAUUUAAAGCCGUGUCGUGAAUGGCUACGCCGCAUAUCAACGGAGUGAUUCAUUGUAUAGGCAGCUGGAAUACAUAAGAUACUCUAUCGGACCCUACAAAAGAUUUUAUGCUAU